GAGCUGGAGCAACAGCAGGAGGAAAAGUUGGAGCUGGAGGAGAAGUAUAGCUCCACUGAAGAGCAGGUUCAGAAGAUGACUGCAAAACUGGAGAAGCUCUGGAAUCGUCACAAGCAGACCCAGGAAGAGGUACAAGACCUCCAGCAGGAGUUCCAAACCGAAAGGGAGGACAUGCUGGAUACCAUCCGGGAUCUCCGGAAAGAAGUGAAGUUGGUUUGCCUGACCAUUGAAAAUUUCAUCCCUCCGGAAAGAAGUGAAGUUGGUUUGCCUGACCAUUGA